AUGGGCCCCUGUACCGCCUCCUCUUGCUGCUGCCAGGCCCGUAAUCUGUCAUGGGCCCCUGUACCGCCUCCUCAUGCUGCUGCCAGGCCCGUAAUCUGUCAUGGGCCCCUGUACCGCCUCCUCAUGCUGCUGCCAGGUCCAGAGUGUGUCAUGGGUCCCUGUACGGCCUCCCAUUGCUGCUGUCUCCAUCGCCACACUCUCUGCCAUGUGCCACUUUCAGGUCUCCUCACACUGCUGGUGGGUUCCAUUUUGUCAUAGGGUGCUGUAUGGCCUCCCAUUGCUGCUGCCUCCAGUGUCCCACCGCCACACUGUGGCUCCACACUCUGGUUUUGGCCCAGUGACUGCCCAAAUGAGUGAAGUGUGCGGUGAUUCUAAGAUCGAUGGCACUCAUCUGCAUGUCAUACUGACUUGCAGUAUUAGUUCUCUUCCCCAGCAGACUCCAAGGGCAUUUAAAUUAAAGGUACAGUGUUCUGCACUAAUAUAA